CUACGUAACCUGCAGCGUCCGUUGGAACCAGCGAGCCCAUCGUUAGAAAUGGAUUUGUUAUGGGCCGAUCCAGUGGUUGGUAUCAAAGGUUUCGAGCCGAACCUUCGCGGUGCUUCGUUUGGCUUCGGUGAAGAUGUUCUCGUCGAAACGUGUAGGCGACUGGAUAUUGAUAUGGUGGCGCGAGCCCAUCAAGUAAGAAUCUUCAUAUAUCCCAAGAAAAAUACACUCUGUUAA